GACCAGAGGCAACGAAGGUGGAAGCAACACGUCCGCGGUGGCACCUUGGAUUACAAAACCGCCGAUUCAGCAUCCUAUAGAUAUGACUCAGCGUUCUCGGGCCUCCAGGGCGCGACAGCAUGUCCACUGUGAUUCCUGCUACAGCCGGCGCUGCAGGGCCCGGGUGGAGGUCUCUGUGUGCUGUGCGCUCAUCCCCUGCCGCCUCCACUGUGGAGCGCUCUUCCACCUUUGUAAAGAGGAGGAUCACCUGCUGCUCUGCCCCAGCGUGAGGGUGCCCUGCCUCAACGCCGACUACGGCUGCCCGCUCCACCUGCCCCGCUCCUCGCAGGCCGCUCACCUCCAGGCGUGUCCGGCCAGCGUCGUGUGCUGCUCCAUGGAGUGGCUCCGCUGGCCGACCGAUGACACAAACCCAUGCGAAAACGUCGCCCUGCAGGAGACCGUGCUGCAGGAAAUCCAGGGGCAGGGGCAGCCUCUGGAUCUUGCCACGGCCCUCGUGGAUCAGUCGGACCUUUAUGAUCGCCUGAAAAUGAAGCCUCUCUUUCCAGAGCUGAUCGAAGCAGACGAGGAGGAAAUAAAGGACGGGAAGAAAGAGGAGACGGCAAUAGGAGGAGGGUCUGUCAAUGGUGUCACAGACAACGAAUGCAUUGUAAUCUCUGUUCUUUCUCUUCACGCAGCUGUUCUUAACGUCGACGACGUGACUCCGCAGAACGGUGAAGUGGGCCAAGUCUCGGGCAUCAGCAAAGGGAAUUACGACAUGUGUGAGAUGAUGUUCGGCAUGGAGAAAGGCGGCUGUGCCGUUGCUCAGGCAAACCAGGACAAUCCAAAGCCCGGUGAGGAGGUCAAGCUUCUUGGAGACAAAGAUAAGACAGGACAGGCCCCGUGGCAUGAGGGGGUGCUGGAGCGCCUGAGGCAGGAGCUCAGCCCGCAGGAGUUCAACAUGUACGUGAUGCAUCACGGGCGCAUGCUGCUGACCUUCGGAAAGAUCAACGCCUGUACACCGAGGGAAGACGAUUUUGUCUACGGCAGCCUGGAGCCGAUCCCAGUCCAGACCCUGCACUCUUUCAAGAUCCCUGACGGCUAUCACUACAGCCAACGGCGGGCUCAUCACUACGACACCUCUCGGCCUCCCAGCGAGCCUCGCGGUGUGGACACAUCCGACCUGGUGUUCAAGGUCGAGGACGGCUUCAGCGAUGAAGCAGCAGCCACCCUGCUGGGCUAUGCCGAAAUGGAGGUCAGGGGUCACAAGAUCAGCGAGUCGAGUGCCUACGACGGGCUUUACGUCGACGUGGCGACGCAGACGCAUGCUUUCCGCGCGGCGCCAUUUAAAGCGGGGACGACCCUGGCCGAGGUGGUCGUCGACAGGCCGCCGAAGCUUCGUCUGCAGCUGCAGUCGGAGAGGGUGAACAGCAGAAACACCAGAGCCGGCUGCGUCUUCGCCUUCCUCUGCGGUCACAGCUUCCACCGCCGGGAGUUCCCCUCACAUUUCAGGAACGUCCACAGUGACAUCCAGACGAGUCUGAGUGGAUGGUUUGAGCAGAGGUGCCCCCUGUCCUACCUGGGAUGCACCUACAGCCAGAGGAGGUUUCAGCCCUCCACACAUGGAGCCACCGUCUCCUAUGAUCGGCAGCUGAGGAGUUUCAACUUGCGUCCGACACUCGCAGCCUCAGGAGGUGACGACUCCCAGGCGUCCGGGAGCUCAGUGGACUCCUCCGCCACUCGGAGGAGGAGAGGAGGCCGUGGAGGAGGAGGGGAGGACUCUCUGAGCUCGCUGCCCUACGAGGUGCUGUGCCACAUGGCCCGUUUCCUGGACAGUCUGUCCCUGUCCCAGCUGGCUCUGGCGUCCCAGCUGAUGAGGCAGGUGAGCUCCUCUCUGCUGCAGGAGAGAGGGAUGGUCACCCUGCGCUGGGAGAAGAAGACCGACUCACACGGAGGAGCCAAGUGGAGAGCCAAACCGGUAUGGGAGUUCAGUCACCUCUUCUCCUCAGUGGAUUCGUGGCAUAUGGCAGACAUCCCUCCAAUAUCUGUCCAUCUAAAAGUCUGUCCUUACUACGAGACCUCUCUGCACAGUGACCCUGUUGCCCUCUCGGGCAUGAGUGACAGACAGGAGGGCAGCCAGGAGGAGAGGCAGAGCCUCGUCGACCAUUUUGCAAGAAACAGAUUGCAACAAUAA